UGUGGUGCUGACCAUGCGUUUGACGCUCUUCGCCCUGGAGACACUGUCGCUCCUGUACGGGCUACUGGAUGUGCGCGGCAUGGGGAACGUGGCCUUACUGGUGCUGCUGUCAAUCUCAUUGACGGACGUAAUUAUUAGAGCCUUCUCUAUAGGCAUGGUCGGAGGACAACUGACGCAGGCCCACGAAGGCGUCCUGUCGGGGCUGCGGGACGCCAUCGCAGAAGCUGAGUGGCCAGAUGACAGGACUGGGGUGAAAGGCCUUGUCGACUGGCACGAGCAGCAGGAUGGAGAAGAAGGAGAGGUGAGCAGCGCCAUGAAUAAGAGAGAUUCUUGCGGGAAGGAUAAUGAAACAUUCAAGAAAGACGAUCAUGACACACUUACUGCGGGAGACAAGCGUGGCCGGCGUGUCGCCUCUGCGAAGGCUGGCGGGGACAGGAAACAGCAGGCGGAUUCCCAUGGUGGAAGGGAGAGGCAGCCAGACGAGACGUUCACCGCCCUACACCGCCUAGUCACUCACAUCGAGGCUCGUCCAGCAGACCUGCACGUCUUCGGGAUGGGGAGGUUGAGCCAGUGCUUGGUGCUGCAGCUGGGGGGUGUAGUGCUGACGUAUCUGGUGAUAGUGGUGCAGCUGAAUCCUAAGUGAGCCCAACACGCCUGCAAGCAAACGUCCACCGCAACAAGAACCGAUGACGGAAGGACUGGCACGCUAUUUGGGGGCCAUGCAAGCAAGACAUAGUGAAUUAAAGGCAUCAUUUUUUUUUUAGUACGAUAUGUAACAAUUCACGGCAAUGUAUUGGAUCCGUAUAGGCAGUUACAAGGAAGAAGAAGGUAAUAGAUUGGCAAUUUCUGAUUAAUAUAAUGUUUGGGAGAUGAUUAUAGUAUGGAAAAAUAAAAAAAAGGAUGAAAAAGAUAGCGCACAGUGGUUGAUAAAGAAAUGGUGGCAAAUAACAGUGAAAAAGUGAACAAUAAGAGAAAGUACAACCCACAAACUAACAUUGCACUGUUUUUAAUCUACCAUGCUUUGUGUGUAUGUAUAGUUACUGCAAUUACUCCCCAUGCUCUCACGUCUUAGGUUCAAAUCACCACCAGGAGUUUCUCAAUAAAUGCUGCAGUUUCCAGGAAUGAGUUGCGUAAUGUAGUUAAAGGCAUUUGCUACUUCGCCUGUCACCGGCUUCACUUUGCUU